UCUACUUCCUCCUCUCCUUGGUCCUACAUAUUCUGUUUUUCAGAGCUCUAUAAAAUUUGAGCUUGGGAAUACUUUAUCUUCCAUCGUAGCAGAUCAACGUCCUCAGACCGGAUUUUAGCAGCACAAUAUCAAAGGCGCGAUGGACUCCUCCGAGAAGGCCAAAGGAAAGGAGAAGGUGGAGACCACGGAAGCGAGCGAAACCAUAAUUGCUGUUGAAGGGGAGGAUAACUUCAGGGCAGCAGGCGGCCUUUCCCCUGGCGAUAUCGGAGCAUAUGGAAGCCGAAUGGACGAAGCAACGGACGUUGGGGCCAAAAAAAGGCAGGAUAAAAUCCGUGUCAUCGUUCAAAAGCCACAUAAUUACACUGCAUCCAAAAGCACCAGCACAGCUCCUGCAAGCGCUGAGGAUAACUCCAGGGCAGCAGGCGACCUUUACCCUGGCCAUAUCCAAGGAACGGACUUUGAUGCCCUAAUAAUGCUCGGUGAAAUCGAACAAGCCCUUCAGAAGCCACCUAGUUACACUGCAUCCGAAAGCAUCAGCACAGCUCCUGCAAGCACUGAGGACCGUGACAAGAAGCUUUACGAGCCAAGGGCGGUGGCCAUCGGUCCCUGCCACCGGAAGACGGAGAAUAAUUAUUUCAGAAUCACAGAUAAACACAAACUGUGGUGUGUGAAACAGGAAAUCGGCGAUAAUUACGAACGAGACCUCGGUAAAUUCCUCCGUAAGAUGGAGGAGAGGAAAGAAGAUGCUAUGAACUUUUAUCGCGGGCGGUAUGGGGAAAAUAACUUCAGCAUGGAUUCCCAUAGUUUUCUGAAGAUGCUAACGCUUGAUAGCUGCUUCAUCUUGUUUGCGCUUUCAAUUAAUUAUGAUCUUGCCAAGGAAGGCCCUAUGCUGGUGGGCUCAAAAGCUCAACCAUGGGCAUCACAUGAUAUAGUGCGGGCAUUGGAGCUUGUCAAGACCGACUUGCUGUUGCUCAACAACCAAAUCCCUUUCUUUAUCCUUGAGGAUGUUUUCAAGAUGAAAAAUGAUAUUUGCCCAAAAGAAAAGAAGCAAAAUGGAGGCAAUGAAGGCAACGGCUCAAUCAGAAAAUAUGCUCUCGAAUUUUUUGAUUUUCCCGAUUUAGGAAGGAACAGUUCGAAAGACCCAGAAAAUGGGGAGGUUGAUCAUCUGCUUCAUUUGUACCACAUGUAUUUGGAGCCACCGUUGCAUCCUGGUCGAAGCUGUCUUGGAGAUAUUCUUCCACCUAUCGAUCCACAGCGAUCUCUCCCCAGCGCAACGGAGCUCCAACGAAAGUCUGCGGUGAAUUUUAAGGUGAAAAAAAUGGAAGGUGUGCCGCAAAGCGUACUCGACGUAACGACGUGCAAAUCUGGAGAUAUCCAGAUGCCGAAAUUGCGCAUCAACGACCGUACCAAUCUUCUCCUCCAUAAUCUAAUCAGCUUUGAGGAGUAUCUUGACAUCAUGGGCUCGUACGUCACAGCCUACGUCGCAUUCUUGGAUCACAUGGUGCGGAGAGAAGAAGACGUGGAGCUGCUUGAAACUCGUGGGGUGUUGGAGCACAGAUUGACCAGCCCUGCGGAGGUGGUCGCUCUCUUCAGGCAAUUACAUUAUGUGAUCGAUCAUUCUAAGCCGCCGGGUUACUUGGCUAAGGUAUACAAGGAGGUGAUUCGUUGUAGCAACAGCACGCGGCGCAGAAUGUAUGCCGAUGCGAAGCAACGUUAUUGCUCCAGUGUAUGGCUGAGCAUCUCGUUUGUUGCCGGUAUCGCUCUAUCAGUUGCCGGCCUCAUCCAGACCAUCUAUGCCAUCAUCGGCGCCUAUAAAAAAUGAGUGGCACCGCUGCUAGCUAGCUAGGAGCAGCGUUUGAUGUUAUUCUGAAUAAAUCGUGCAUGUAUGUAAUCCAUCGCGUAUGAUCCGUCCCACUUUCCUGUGUUAUAUUGUAAGCUUCCUGAUGUCUCUCCCCUCGAUUUCAGGGAUCCUCCCUCCUUCGGGGGAGGCGAAGUAUUUUUCAUCUUCUUUUGGUGUAAUAAGUGUGGUGGUAGUUACUUGUGUGAAUUCUCCCCCUUAAUGUAAAUUAAGCUUCCAAGCGGAACUUCCUA